AUGCAGCAAAACGAUGUUGUGGAGAAAAUUCUAGAGGAAAACUUGGAGCUGUCAUGCGAACUCGACGAAAUCUGCCUGGAGCUAGAAGAGCAGUUCUUCAUCGACCACGAUAUUCGAAGUCCCGAGAAAAUCCACCUGAAAGAUUCUAGCUGCUUUGGCGAGCGAGAGAAAACUGAAAGUGGAAAAUGGCGCUGGUGCACUAGAAGAAGCGAAAACGAAGAUGGGCUUCUCGAGCCGAAUUUCGACUGUUUAACGGAGAGCGAAGUUAACUCCACCCAUAUUGUCUACCGCAACGCCCUAAAGCGCGACGUACUUCCAGGAGAAAUCAUCAUCGGAAACGACAUUCCCCGCGCAAUCUCGAUGCCAUUCGGUUGUGCUUGGCCCCUGAAUGUCUUCGUCUCUACUUCUCACGAAUCAGAAUUCGAACUUCAUGACACGGUCGAAAUCGUAUCAGAUGUAAUCGGCGAGGGCGUGUAUUCUGCCAAGAUGCACCUGUACAGCGACGAAAGCUUCUCCGAGCCCUUGGACGAUAUUCCAGAGCUUGGAAUUGAUGAUAACGUUUUUGUUGGAGUGGAACUUUUGACCUCAGACACAGGAGUGAAUAUCAUUGUCGAAAAAGCGUGGGCUACACCCUUACCGACGGCAAGCGGAAGUCCGAUUAAUAUUCCUAUUGUUGAUGACAGAUGUCCAAGUCUGGCGUUUCUGGAUAGUCUUGACGUGAAAUUAUACACAAACGGCGAGUCGAAUCUGUCAACAUUCUCGACUGGCGUUUUCAAAUUCGCCAACUUCGAAAAGGCGUAUUUACACGCAAAGGUGCGUGUCUGCUUUCAGGACAACGAGACUUGUCCGAAAAAGGACGAGGAAGAAUGCGACUCGAAUUCUAGAACUCGGAGAUUUGCACAGGACCUUCCGGAAGACGGGGAGGUCGUGUCUAUCGGCCCGUUUUACAUUUCAAAGGAGAAAAAUAACGAUUUAGAAAACUUUGAAAACGGGCCACGGGUAAUUUUGAGACACAGCAAAAACGAGGAUUUUGAUGAGUUCGGGGCUCCAGUAUUGAUCAAAAAUGGAUUUCAACUCAGUCAGACGGAUGUUUUGAUCGCAGCACUUUUAGGCGUCGUACUGAUGUUAUCAGUAUCAGUGAUCACUCUCUACUGCCGCUGGCGUCACGCCGUCCAAUCACGACGCUUUCAGCUGAGAAAGAUGUCACUUGGUGGCGCGCUGCCGAUUUCCGUCAUGCGCUGA